UCACAAACACCAAAUUAAAUGGUUGCUGUCUUCAACAAAGAGCUCCUCAGUUGGUACCUCAUCACUCUCAAACUCAAUCAAACAGUCGAAGCCACUCCAAGAACCCUCGACUACCACCCACCCACCCCUCUUCGGCUCGAUAAAACCGAUCCCUCCGGCGACUCCGAUCGCCCGCCAAACCCGAUUCCGAUACCCAUCAAAGGCGAUCGAACAAACCACACCGACUCCGACUGGGUGAUCGCCAUCAAAGAAAAGCUCGACCAUGCCGAGCACGACGACGCCACCGGCGCAUGGGCCAAACUCUCGAUCUACCGCAUCCCGCAAUACCUCCGCGAAGGCGACGACAAGGCCUACAUCCCGCAGACCGUCUCGUUGGGGCCUUACCACCACGGCAAGCGGCGAUUACGCAACAUGGAGCGGCACAAGUGGCGCGCGCUCCACCGCGCGCUCAAACGGUACGGCCAGCGCGUUGAGGAGUACCUCGACGCGGUCCGGGAGCUCGAGGACCGCGCCCGGGCCUGCUACGAAGGCCUGAUCGCCCUGGGCAGCAACGAAUUCGUCGAGAUCAUGGUCCUCGACUCGUGCUUCGUCCUCGAGCUCUUUCGAGGCGCUGCAGGGGGUUUCGCCCCCCUCGGAUACUCCCGGAACGACCCGAUUUUCGCAAUGCGGGGGUCGAUGCAUUCGAUCCAACGGGAUAUGAUCAUGUUGGAGAAUCAGAUUCCCCUAUUUGUGCUGGACACAUUGUUCGGAAUCCAAUCGGGAUGUCUGGAUCAGACAGGGACCGUCGCGCGGCUGGCGCUGAGGUUUUUCGAUCCGUUGAUGCCGACCGACGAACCGCUGACAAAAACCGAUCGGAACAAGCUUGAAUCGUCGAUCGGAAACGCUCUGACAUUCGAUCCUUUGACGGAACAAGGAGGACUUCAUUGUCUAGAAGUUUUCCGGCGCAGCCUUUUGACGGUCGGGACAGGGACGAACAAGGCGGCGCCGCCGGCGCCGCGUGUCUGGAUAAAGCGGUGGUCGCACAACCACCGUGUCGCCGACAAGCGGCGGCAGCAGCUGAUACACUGCGUGACGGAGCUGAAGGAGUCGGGAAUCAAAUUCAGGAAGAGGAAAACGGAUCGAUUUUGGGACAUAAAGUUCGAAAACGGAAUCCUCCAAAUUCCUCGUCUCCUAAUCCACGACGGCACGAAAUCGCUGUUCCUAAACCUAAUUGCGUUCGAACAGUGUCACCUAGACUGCACGAACGACAUCACCUCGUACGUGAUUUUCAUGGACAACCUAAUAAAUUCUCCCGACGACGUCAGUUAUCUGCACUACUGCGGAAUAAUCGAGAAUUGGCUUGGGAGCGACGCCGAGGUGGCGGAUCUGUUCAACCGACUGUGUCAGGAGGUGGUGUUCGACAUCAACGACAGUUCGCUGUCGAGGUUGUCGGAACAGGUGAACAGGUAUUACGAGCACAAGUGGAAUGCGUGGAGGGCGAGCUUGAAGCACAGGUACUUCAACAAUCCGUGGUCGAUUAUUUCGGUGUUCGCCGCCGUCGUGCUGCUGGCUUUGACCCUCGCGCAGACGUUUUACAGUGUGUACGGUUAUUACAUGCCCGGUCAUUGAUUCCGACAUUUUUGUUCCUUCUGUUUGUUUUUUUUUUUUUUUCUUUUUUUUUUUUUUUUUUUUUGUGUUGGAGACGACGAUGGUGGUGAGCGUCCGUGGGGGCGCUUGUUUUUCUUUUGAAGUGCUUGGAGUUUUGGAGUAUUCGAAUUAUCACCCCAAAGGUUUUGGAAAUUGCAAUUCAUGCAUAAUCGAGGAGAUCUGGCAUUGAUUUGAUUUGCUAAACUGAAAGUAUGUAUGUUUUGUGAAACGGUAUAAAUAUAUAUGGUAUGUUUUUUUGACAAAUUU